AUGGCCCCAUCCUGGAGCUCCGUCGUGGAACAGAUUGCCGUAGUUACCCAAUACGAACAGCAGCAGGACGACAAGCUUCAAUCCAGCCAGCUUCACAAUGAGCCCGUUCUGAUUCCAAGCCACGACCACACACAGCAUGCGCAUAACCCCGCGCCCCCUAUCGGCCGCAAGGCGCGUCCCGCCGUUUUGCUGAUUCCCGCAGUCCUUCCUCCGCCAGCCUCCCCUCUUCCGCUUCCGCCGGCCCAUCACCGGCGCCCCGACCAAUUACAGGCGCGCGCGCAACAGCUGCAGGGGGAGCCGCAUGCGCGCCAGGGGGGUCCGCACAGGCGCGCGCGCCAGCUCAAGAUCUGGGAUCUGCAACCCGAGCUCCCGCCGGCCCCUCAUUUGCGCCAUGACCGCGCGCUUGAGCGCGAGUUCGCGCAGCAACUCCGCAAUCUCCCGCCGGAGCUGCCGCCCGCCUCCCAACCGGACUCGGGACUGCCCGAGGCGCCUCCUAGUGAUGGCGCGUGCGGGGGCAGCGCGCCCGGGCGAAGCGGCUUGUGCUCCCCGGUUAACGGCGGGGUAUGCGGCACCGCCCAUUGCGCUCGCUGUGACUGGCUCAGUCGGCCGAAACGAUGGCCGUCCAUCGGCUUCCCCGUGCGGCGAACCGCGCAACUUGCGCAGCAGCCUGCUGAGGUGGAACGGGUGGCGCAUCCUGCGCGGCGGAUCGACGAGCCUGCGCCCUUCCGCGCGGGGACCGAAGAGUUUCCGCCGCCCCCGUGCGCCUUCACCUCUACUCCCGCGGAUCUCCCUCUCGAAACGCCCCGCGCUUGCCGAGGCAUGGCCGAACCAUGGGGCGGAUCGGCGGAGCUGGUGCAGGCCUUGGGCCGCGGAGGGCUGGCGGAAUCGGGUGCGGCCCUGGGGGGGGGUUGGCGGAAGCUUCCUGCGCCUGGGUGGUACCGGCGGCGGGAUUGGGGGAUCGUGAGUGCGCGGAAUGCAAUCCGCGGAGUGUCUGUGCGCCCAUCAUCCGGAGCUGUGGCUCCGCUUCCGGUUUCCCCAACAACUCAGCGUGCUCCCCCAAUGGCGAGCCAUGCUCCUACCGACGUCCCUGCUGUGCCCGAACGGAGUGGCAACGAAUGUGCAGCAGUUGAAGCGGACCCGCGCAACAAAUCCCACCGCGCCACGUGUCUCCCCAUCAGUGGCGAAGCCAUCCAGACCCACGUGGCGUCCUUCUGGCUGAAUGUGCUGGAACAUUUGGAGUUUCUGGGGGAGGUGUCAUCUGCGUUCCUGGGGGAGGCUGUACCUGGAGGACGAAACAGGCGGGAACUGGGGGAGGAGUGGAGCGGAACUCAGGCAGGAAGCAGCAUUAGCGGGCAGCCUUAUAGCCGUGAGCGUGAGCAAACCAUAGGGGCAGCAGCAGCAGCACUAGUGAUGGGGGGAAGUGAUGGUGAGAGAUUGUGCAAUGCGGUUGUGUAUGGGCAAAAGGGGGAGGCUACUGCUGCCAUGCAAGCUCGCCUACUGUCUGACCCUACCAUUCUUUCACCAGACAUGCGCUGCCGUGAUUUCAGUGGUUUCAACAUCGGUGACCUUACCAUGAGUGGCCCUGUUGGUGCCGCCUUGUGUGGCACUACUACACUUAUAAGUCUGAAAGAUCUCGCAUCUCCUCCCUUGACUUCCCUGCAGCCUCUCCCCAUGGCGUCCUCCUUCCACCUGGGGGAGGUGUUAUCUGCAGUGCCUCCUGGUCAAGGCACCACUGCUAAGAACCGCACUGAACCGGGCCGACCGUACCUGCGUGUCCGAUCCACCCUAUCAGGCCAGUCAAGCGACAUUGACACGUGUCGCAAGGGGACUGGCCACAGCCCUGCAUCCAUUCUGGACUCACCUGUUCCUUCUGAUGACUCUGGCUGUGACUCUCGCCCUGAGCUAAUGUGGGGCCAGCCCACACUCCUACUUGGCCAGGGUCUUCUUUGGCACGCUGUAGCCAUGGCCCGUAAGCGCAAGAGCGUAGCUAGUUCUGUUGACUUGUGCCCGCGGGAUCUCGACGAGAUCCCGUACAUCGCUUGGAUGAACAAACAAAUCGCGGCCGGCCGCAAGCCCGCCGGCCCUUUGCCCGAAGGAGCGCCUGGUGCGGGGGACACCUCGUUCGAAGCCCCGCGCGAUGUCCCUACCCGCGGACGCCGUCAUGCCGACCGGGUUGCCUCAUCCCGCGUCAACGACGAUGCUGCCUUCGAUGACGAUGAUGACGCCGCGGACUUUGAUUACAACGAGUGCGACGAGGCCUGCGAAGACGACGCGGACUCUGGCGAAGAGCAGGACAAGGGCAUGUCCCCCUCCGAGGAUGAAGUUGACGCCGACGAGGACGCCGAUGACGACGAGGACGCUCCCGAAGAGGCCCAGCCUGCGUCCCCGGCUCCUUGUCGCGGCCGUGCGUCUGCCGCUGCGGGAACCAAGACUGCUGCUAAGGGCGGGGAACCUCCGCGUGCCGCUGCCAAGACCCGUAACUUGCAUCCUGUUAAGCGGAGCGUGUGGUCCCCCCGCGAGAACACAAUCUUCGUGGCUGCGCGUUGGUUCAUGAAGGACGAGCUCGGGCCCCUCCUCGGGAAGCAGGGCUCUCAGUACUGGGCCCGCCUCGCGCGUCACCUCGAGAAGGAGAAUCCCGGUUGGGUGCGCGGUGUAAACGCGCUUCAGAAGCAGUGGCGCAAUCUUUUGAACAUGUACAAGCAGAUCAAGAAGGGGGAAAAGGCGAGCGGCAAGGGUGCCGUGUGCAAGCCCCACUGGUACCCGUACAUGGCGCUUUUCCAGAACAACAAGGCGGUGGGCAACCCUCACGCCGUCGACGGUGGCGGUGCGGCACACGGAACUCCUACAUCGAAGCGCCCACGUGUGGCAGAGACGGCGACGAUGGCCGCUGCAAAGCUGGUGUGCGAGACGAUCAAAGGCUGCCACUCAGACGCCAUGAGCAGGCUCGAAGGCCUCGUCCGCGCGUGGAUGGAUCAGGACGCGCGUAUUGCUCGGGAACGCGUGCAGCAGCCCGCACCCUCCCCGCAUGUCCGCGACGACAUCCCUGCCCACGCGGACAACAUGACCGACUCGCACGCCGCCGAAGGCGGCGACGACGGCUGGCUUCGUCGCGGGCAGGCGGGCGAAGACCCCUCUAACCCAGAUGCGGGUGAGGAGGUGUGGGUCCGCGGCGCCGCCGAGUGA